AAAAAACAUUAAUUAAUUAAUAAUACAUUAAAUAUUUUUCUUCUCUAUUCUUCUUUCUCCACCUUACACUUAAAAACACACACACAACAACAAUUUCACUUUCACUUCAACAAACGCAAAAAUCAAAAAUCAAACAAAAAAAAAACCUAAUUGAAAAUGGCGAGUUCAGUUGAGAAGGAAGGUUCUGGUGCUGUCGGUGCAGCUGCAGGUGCACCAGAAGAGCCUGUUUCGUUUGAGCUACCUGCUCCAUCUGGUUGGACCAAAAAGUUCUUUCCAAAAAAGUCAGGAACACCCAAGAAAAAUGAGAUUGUGUUCACUUCACCAACAGGAGAGGAAAUCCGUACCAAGAGGCAACUAGAGAAGUAUUUGAAAACUAACGGUGGCCCAAACAUAUCCGAGUUUGAUUGGGGCACUGGGGAGACUCCAAGAAGAUCAUCGAGAAUUGUUGAGAAGGUCAAGGCAGCUCCUCCAGCAGAGCCAAAAACUGACCCCCCUAAGAAACGUAGCAGAAAGUCAUCAGCUUCAAAGAAAGAAGCUUCUGAGGACGAAGCAGAGGAGACAAAAGAUGUGGAAAUGCAAGAAGCUGGUGAAACUAAGGAUGAUAAGGAUGUAGAGCUGGAAAAGAAAGUUGUUAACGAAAAUGAAGAUAAGAAGGGGGCAGAGGAUGCUGAUGUUAAAGAGUCCAUUCAACCUGGAGAAACUACGGAUGAGGGGAAAUCCAACACUGCUGAUGGUGAUUUGCAAGCAUCAAAAGAGAAUAUUGAUGACAAAGGAGCUGAGGGGUCUGGAGUUGUUCAGAAUAAGGAUGAAGAAAAGACUGGACAGCCAGCAGAGGAGACAAAGCAAGAAGAAAAGAUUGAACAGCCAGCGGAGGAGACAAAGCGAGAAGAAAAGAUUGAACAGCCAGCGGAGGAGACAAAGCAGGAAGAAAGGAUUGAACAGCCAGUGGAGGAGACGAAACAAGAAGAAAAGAUCGGACAGCCAGUGGAGGAGACGAAGCAAGAUGGUGGAUCUGGGGACGCAGAGAAAUCUGAAGCUGCCCCUACUUCUGAGAAAAUGGCUCAAGUGGAAGGCGAAAAUAAUGAGGAAGAUAACAGGAUCACCCGUGAGUCUGGAGGAGAAACCAAGGAGAAAGACGCGAUAAGAAUGCACGAUGAAGCAAACUACAAGGUUCAUGAUAUUAACAAGGCUGAAUCAGAGGUGACUGUGAAUGGAAGCUGAAUUGUUGAGGCCAAAGCUCAUGAAUGAAUACAAUAAACUCUUGGCUUCUGUCACUCUGACGCCUGUAGAUCUAUCUGAGGAUAACUGUAGUUUUUUUUUUUUUUUUUUUUUUUUUUUUUUUUUUUUUUUAAAGAAACUGUAGUUUUUGUUGUUAAUGUCAUUUAUCUGAUUGUUCAUUGAAAUGACUAUAUACAAUCAUAGAGUAGCCGUAUAAUGUACCAUCAUGUAUGUUGUGAAGAGACAUAUAGCUUCUAGUUCCCAUGUAACAUUGUGUUGUAAGAUUCCUGUAAUGUGAUAUGAACCUAUAAUCAUGUGA